AUGAGGACUAGAAGAUCGAGUUUCCUCGAGCCAUCGAUCCGGAGCGAGCCCCCACAUGGACGACGGAGCGGGGAACCUGCCACACCAACGAGACUGUCUGCCAAUGGAGUAUCGCUGGCGGCUCGAGGGAUCUAUGGCCUCCGUUCAGGCACAGCAAAGGCAGCAGCAAGUCCAGGUGCAGCCUUCGGAUCGGCUGCCCCCGAGGCUGCGGCAGUCCCCUUGAUCGCCGGUGCGCCAAGGCCUGCCGCAGCACGCGUUCUUCCUGCACCAGCUGCAGCAGAAGCGGCAACUCAAGACACAACUGCCGCUGCAGCAGCAAGGCGCAAAUCCACAUCGCUGGUGAAUUUGCUACACAUUGAAGACCUCGAAUUCCAAGGCAGGCCCUCAGCUCCCUUUUGCGACUUUCUCUGGGUCGAAGCUAAGGGUGGACGCGGGGGUGCUCCAAGAGAGGGAGCCUUCAGGUCGAGAGCCUUAGGCACAGGCCCUGGCUAUGGAGGUCAUGGCGGCUCGGUUGUACUGCGCUGCAGCAACAGCGUCAGCUGCUUUUUUACUGUGCAGCAGCUGAUCGCUGCAGCAGCAGGGGGCGACGCGCAAGCCACAAGCAGAGGCUUGCAUGCGCCCGACACCAUCGUCAAGCUGCCCCCCGGUACGAUCGUGAGGAAGCGCAUGCUUCUCCCUGGCAAGAAAAGUGCAAGUGGACGUGCCAUUAGAACUUCUGUCUUUUGGCAGCAGUUGUUAGAGGAGGGUCAAUCGCUGGUUGUUGCCGCUGGUGGUCGUGGCGGAAUUGCACCGUUGAAUUUGAAGCAACAGAAGAAGAGACGCGCGCCAGAGGGUGGGGAACGGAUCUUUCUGGAGCUGGAAUUGAGACUGAAGAAUGACGUCGGCAUUGUGGGGGAGAGCGCCGUCGGGAAGACGUCCCUGGUCUCGGCGCUGACAAGCUAUCAGUCACGCAUAGGUCCUGGAGGCUUCCAGACGCGGAGGCCUCAUUUGGCAGCGCUUCGCUGGGUAAAUGGUGAGGAGGCGGUCCUUUUAGACAGUCCAGCACUCUUUCCGGAAGCACACAAAGACAAGCGGCUAGGAUUGCGCAUUCUGCGGCACUUUUAUCGAUCGCGGGUAUUCCUUUACGUCGUCGACCCUACAAUUACGCAGCACCACCAAGACCAACGUUUGCUGCUCGCCCAGCCACAGCAGCAGCAACGACAGGCCUUGCUGCGAGCCGAUAAGGGCCCCCACGGCGAACCAUUUCUUCCUGAAGAAACGCAGCAGCAACAAGAGCAGGCGCAGCAACAACAAGAGCAGGCGCAGCAGCAACAAGAGCAGGCGCAGCAACAACAAGAGCAGGCACAGCAGCAACAGGAGCAGGCGCAGCAGCAACAAGAGCAGGCGCAGCAGCAACAACAAGAGCAGGCGCAGCAACAACAAGAGCAGGCGCAGCAACAACAAGAGCAGGCGCAGCAGCAGCAACAGGAGCAGGAACUUGAGGAAGACCGCCUUCUGGAUGUGGUUGUUUCGAAGUGUGACGCGUUGGGUCACCAGCCUCUGCUAGCCGUCGAUUCGCUGUAUCACCGCAUGCAGCACUUUUUCCCAGGGGUUCGCGUUUUAGCGACCUCGUCCCGCUUCGGACUAGGCCUUGACGCAGUGGCUGCUGAGCUGCACAGCCUGCUUCUGCAGCAGCAGCAGCAAGAGAACAUGCAACAGCAGCAGCUCGAAGCCCCACGGCGGAGACAGCGUGUCACACUGGAGGCAGACGCACACAAAGACUCCACCCCCGCUGUUGCAUGGGUGCCCAAUGAAAAAGAACCCAAACUGCGGAAACUCUUGGAAUCUCCUGCUCGUUGUCGUCAUACUGCUGGCGAGAAAAAGGAAGGACACCACAAGGGGGCUAGCGGGGGGAAAGGAACGGCUUGA